AUGGUCGAUGCGACGGAAGAGACAAUCUCGACUUGGGAGGAAGCGACCUCCGAUGUAGCGAGCGGGGCUGUAGCUGUGCUCAAAGGCUCCCUAUUGAUGGUAGGCGACUCUGUAAGGGUAGAGCUGGUGAUAGUGUUCGUUGAGACCGCGACCUCUGAGGAUGCGAGCGAGGUUGAGAGACCGCCAGGCGCAGAAACGGUAUCCUUGGCCGCUGUUGACUCUGAAGCGACGUCCAGUGAAGACAAGCUUUCCACUACGAUGGCCGAUGCGCUUGCGCUUGUUGCGAAGACACUUGUGUACAGGCUUUCUACCGACGGAAUCGUAGAUGAAGAAGAUGGGACAGGGUCGGCGAGCGAUGCGCUCGUGGCCUGGGACGAGGUAGUGGAAGACGACGCGGUGAGUGACGACGAGAUAGAAGAUGAACCCGCGUGUGUGCUCAUGGCUGGAGGCGCACUGGCCGGUGCAAUUGGAACCUUCGCUGGGGAGGACGAGGCGGACGGCACGGACGAGGAUGCAGGCUUGCAAUUGCCGAAGCCUGGCUGGCAGCCGCUACCGCAGUAUGCAUCGGUGCUCCCACUGUCGCGUAUUAGUAUACAGUAG